CCGUGUUUUCACUGUACACACAGCUCUUUCAUCAUCACUCUACUCAAACCUUUUAACAGUACUCUCUACAUACAAGAGUGUGCCUCUUGCAGCUAAUUUAGAAUAAGUAUCGUUAUUCCACGGUGAAAACAGUGUUAUGGAUUAAAAGUGGGCAGAGGCACAACAUCUCCGCCCCCUCGCAGAGAGCGGGUCAUGCGGCCUCCACUGUUUUGAUUCACGCCUCGCACGGGCAGGGCGGACAUGGCGGAAGAGGACUGGAGUUCCGAUUGACUCUUUUCCGAGCAGCUCUGCUUCUGUAAUUAAACUCCGACGUUCCAAAGUGAGGACAAGAGGGGGACAAAACACUGGGAAACUGGCGGCGUUACGCAGAGCCCUGUUCCUCCCAGAGGACAUGGAGAUCACGGCGGAGGAAGAGGCGGAGGAGCGCAGGAAGGAGCACUGGAAACUGCUGUCAAGUCUGAAGACGACAGUAGAGGGUCUUGUGUCCACCAACAACCCCAAUGUAUGGUCACGCUAUGGUGGACUGCAGCGUCUUCACAAGGACAUGAACAACAUCCUCAGCCAUGGGCUGAAGAAUGAGCAGGUAUACUACAAGCAGAGAGACUACUGGCCGUUUGUGUGGUGUGUACGCUACAUCAGCCCUCACCUUGCUUCACAUGUAGAACAGUUCAGUCACCUUGAGCCGGUAUUGAGCAGUGGUAUGCAGAGUUCUGGGGAAAGCUACAAGGCCGAGCGCUGGCUGCUUCACAGCUUACAGGUUCACAUGCUGUCGGCACAACUCCGACCUCUACUCAGGCAUUUGGGACAUACACGUAAAUUCUAUAAUGAUGAUGCCUUCCUGCUCAGUGAGCCUCACGUGACCGCCAUGUUUCAGUGUCUGGAAGCUGUGGAGCAGAACAAUCCAAAAUUGCUUGCCCAAGUAGACACGGUUGGGCUGUCGCCUCUGAAAAGUCCUCCAUGUCUGGGUCUGUUGAAGAGCCAGAGUCUGUGUGUGUUGCCAGGGGCUGGUGGGGCCUGGAAGAGCCGUGACUUGGCCCCACGAGGAGAAUCUUUGAAUCGCAGACUCACCACCUCCAACUGCUCUUUACGAGAAGCAGUCCUUUCCAGCCAGAAAUCCUCCCAAAACACCAACGACACUACCUCUCCUACCAACACCCUGGGAGCUCCAUGGUUGUGUGUGUCCACGCCUGGUGAGAGUGAGCGAAGCGUGACUCCCCCUCCUGGCCCCGUCUCAGUCCCAUGUAUCACCCUGACAGAGUCCCUCAAACCCACCUCCCCUCAGCCUGAAAUGGGUGACUCUUGUGAUGGAGAGUAUGAUGAUGGUCCAGAGUACCUGGCUAUCGGUAACCUAGGUCAACACAGUCGCCGGGACCACCAAAGCUCCACCCAUAGUAGUGAGCAGGGCGAGACCCAGGACCAAUACCAUCAACGUCUGUUGCAGGCCCCACCUCCACCUAGACGCUCAUCUUAUUCAGAACUUCAGCGGGGGCCGGGCCACGGGUCCAGAGGACACACCCGCUCCUUUUCGGACACCGGGGUCAAUCAGAAACUCAGGAAUGGAGGGACACACCGAAAAAUCACCAUAAUAAUAGAAGAUCCAGUAGCAGAAUUGGCAGGUGACGACUGCUGCAUGAAGGACUACAGCCCCUUCUCAACUCAGUGCAGUGAUUCAAAAACUCCAAAUUCCCUCUUCAUGGAGUCUUAUGGAUCCCAGUGCAGCAGUGUGCCAGAUGGGAUGUUCAGGAAACCGUCAGAGGGCCAGAGCCUCAUCAGCUACCUGUCAGAGCAGGACUUUGGCAGCUGUGCUGACCUUGAAAAGGAGAAUGCUCAUUUCAGCAUUUCUGAGUCCCUUAUUGCAGCUAUAGAGCUGAUGAAGUACAACCUGCGGCUUCAGGAGGAAGAGGGUGAGGAGGAGGUAGACAGUGACUCUGAAAUUCAGCAACUCAAGCAAAAGAUCCGCCUGCGCAGGCAACAGAUCCGCCGUAGCCGCCUGCCGCCUUGCACAACAACCCAGCACAUAUUUCACUCCACUGACAGUGGAGGCUCCAGGAGGAGUUCUCAGGACUCUUAUCAGGGCCUGUCUGACUCAGGCUCAGCUGAGGAGGUGGAGGAGUGUGAACUAAGAGAUGGCUGUGAGGGUCAGUCCCUGCUGGCGGUGUCUCAGAACGGCCUCUCCUUAUCACUCGCCUCGCUCUUCUCAGAUGCAGACAUAAAGCGCAGUGUGAGCUCAGGCAGCAGGUCUUUUCUCAGCUCAGAGUCUGUCACUCCGUCCUUCCUCCAGUCUAACUCUGCUGAGUCAGUAGCCAUGGGUUUGCUCAGGCAGUUUGAGGGCAUGCAGCUUCCUGCUGCUUCGGAGCUGGACUGGCUGGUCCCAGAACACGAUGCUCCACAGAAGCUGCUGCCCAUCCCUGACUCUCUGCCGAUCUCACCUGAUGAUGGUGAACACGCUGACAUCUACAAGUUAAGGAUUCGGGUCCGAGGCAACCUCGAGUGGGCACCGCCUCGACCACAGAUCAUCUUCAACAUUCACCCUGCUCCCAAGAGGAAGAUAAUUGUAGCUAAACAGAACUACCGCUGUGCUGGCUGUGGCACCCGCAUUGACCCCGACUACAUUAAGCGACUGCGUUACUGUGAAUACAUCGGCCGUUACUUCUGCCAGUGCUGCCAUGAAAAUGCCCAGGCGGUGGUUCCCGGCCGGGUGUUAAGGAAGUGGGAUUUCAGCAAAUACUAUGUCAGCAACUUUGCCCGUGACCUACUAAGCAAGAUUGCUGGAGACCCACUGUUCAACCCCAGUGAUAUUAACAGCGGACUGUACAAGAAGGUCAAAUCUCUGGAGGCUGUACGGGUUUUGAGGGUGAAGUUGUUUCACAUGAAGAAUCUCUUCAAGACCUGUCGUUUUGCUAAAGAGGUGCUGGACCAGUUUGAUAGCCUGCCUGGUCACCUGACCGAGGACCUUCACCUCUUCUCCCUUGCUGACCUCACUGCCGUGCGCAACGGGGAUCUGGCUCCUCGAAUGAAAGAGCUGCUUAAACUUGGUACUACACAUGUCGAUGGUUGUGUGCUGUGCCAGGCGAAGGGUUUUGUGUGCGAGUUCUGCGGAAAUGACAAAGACAUCAUCUUCCCCUUCCAGCUGAACAAGUGCCAGCGCUGCGAAGACUGUCACGCUUGUUACCAUAGCAGCUGCUUCCGGACAGGUAAAGACUGCCCUCGAUGUCGGCGGCUGAGUGAACGCAGAGAGAGGAUGGCUCGCAAAAACAUGGAGGAACAAGAGGACGAGGGAGGAGGGACGUAGCGCUGGUAACGCAGGAGACAAAAGAAGAAAAGCACAACGUGACCAUUGAUUGUAGUCACCUCUCUGUCCAUUCCAGUCUUCUCAGACCAGGGUGACGGCACUUUCUGCAAACAGCUGUUUUGAUCUCAACAGGCUGCCAGAUGUGCAGGGUUUUACCAGUUGUGCCAGUGUCAUAUGAGCUGAAAAGAAACAAGGCAACUUUUGAUUUUCAGAAAACCUUUUCACACAUUCCUCCAUGAAAACAUCCUGUUUAAAGUAGAAGUAGCUAUUAAAAUAUUCCCUCAAUGACUGAGAUUUCCCGGGACAUCCCGAGAAUUUUGUCAUGUCAUAUCAUUGAAUUUCCCUUAACAUCAAUGAAUUUGUAUUCCUAGCAAUACCCAGUGGCAAUCAAAAAUAUGUUUCCAUAUUUCUCAUCAGCCUAUAAGGACAAUGAUCCUUAUGUGUUACAGCCAUAAUGCACUUACUUAUGUGUGAAAAGAGCCUGAGACUCAUUUCACUGCUUCUCUGGUAAAAUUAAUAUAUUUAGACAUUUAAAUAGACCAUAACAAGCGUUUGCUCAGACUGUUGUCCCUGUGUUUAUUCCUACAACUGCAGCUUCUGGCAACUGCUUUGCCUCUGGUGAUUUUUAUUGGUUGCUGGCUCAGCUGAAAGUUUGUGUGACUGAAAUUGACAGGAUUUUAUAUAGAUCUUUAUAGUUUGAUUGGGUUUCUGUACUGAAGCUAUGCUGCCCCUUUAUACCCAGGUUUUUUGUUUGAACAUUUAAAAUGAAUUGAUGAUUUCUGUUGUCUUUUAUAGCCGGGCUCGCGUGCAUCGAGGACCAAUGAUCUCAGACGGGCAGAGUUGGUGGAUUUACAAUGUAAAGCUGAAGUAAUAAUAUAUGUUAUAUGAUAGCACUUCACAAAGAUGUCUCAGAGUCAGUGUUGCAAUUAUUUUAAUGAAAGUGUAGAUGCUCCCAUUUAGUGUUGCUCUGAGUGCAUGUGUGGCUCUUUAAAAAGAGUUUGUUCAAACGCUGUGUGCGUUUUUGCGUGUGUGUGUGUGUGUGUGUGUGAACCUGCUGUACAUGCACAAAUGUUUUGCACCAGCCUAAUCAACACCUGCCUGUUUUCUAACAUUGUAGGUUGUGGGAUACUAGAGUCCAGGUAAUUGCACUGAUGUUCUGCCUGAUGUUUCAGUUGCUCGUUCACCAUGUGUUAAUCUAAUGAAGCUCCUGUCACAUGGGUGUCACUAUGGGUUUGAAAUACUUGAAAUCACUAAUUUGACAGUUAGGAUCAGCUAUGAUCAUCAUUUAUUUGCUCUCCUGACAAUAAUGUCCACGAGAAUACUGAUUCUAAUAAUGAUGAUGAUAAUAAUAAUAAUACUGAUUCCAUGUCUGUAUACUGCAUUUGCUGGUAGAUUAACUAAAUGGCAGUUUUUUCUUUCUUUGAAAUAUUUUUAUCAUAUGAAGGAGACGGUAUCCAUUAAGAAUGAAGCCAAAAAAUGUUUAGUCAUGGAAAAUGUGCACAAUUGUAAUGUUUUUUUCUUUCUUGUAAUUUAAAAAUCAUCAAGUAAACUACAUUAGAUUUUUCUCAGGAUCAUUUUCAGUUGGGGGCUCUGACCCAGUUACUUUCUGUUUUUUUUUUUUACUUCACUGUAACUCUUUAGAUAUGGUUUUUCAGGCUCCAUUUCAUGUUAGUGUCUGUUUCUACAGGAUAAUUUGGCAGUUUGUUGGGAAGAAUCACUAUGUUGCUGUCGUAGUUGAUUGGAAUAACAGAAAAAAAACUAUUUCUCUGGUUUAACAUUUUAGAAUUAAUUAUUUUUAAUUCAUUUUAUUUCAUCCCAAGUGCACCUUUUGUUUGUGCCAACAGUUUAUUUAGCUCCAGAGAACAGGUUGUCCUCUACAGGCUUUGCUUUAAUUGUCCAGUCUCAUGAGACGAACACAGUCUCACAAGACGCCGCUUAAAGCAAUAAGUGUGAUGUUUGUGUCCCUCUGCCCUCACAGUAGAGCACUGAUAAGGUAAACUGCACCCGUGUUUUCAGAUUUAACGAGGCUGCUUUUAAAGGAAACUUUGAACUCAUUAAAAUUGCGACUCCUGAACGACAUCAACCAAACACUGAAAAACCUGAGCUCAGCACAUUGUUUGUUCUUAGAUUGCCUUUAACAUGGAGGUGUGUGAGGAUUUUAUGUGCACUACAGAUUCAAAUGUCUAUUAUUGAAAAUGUUAAUAAUUGUAAGUAUGAUUAUUUGUGUUAAUAUGCCUUUGUUCUAUAAUUAUGUUGACAAUUAAAGACUGGCUAGACUGUUAUGAAA